GACUUGCUUCGUUUUCUUCAAGAUCAGAUCAGUGAGGGAAUCGAAGCUAUGGCCGAGAAGGUGACCAUAAUGGUGCUGAAGGUGGACCUUCAGUGCUUCAAAUGCUACAAGAAGGUCAAGAAAAUGCUCUGUAAAUUCCCCCAAAUACGAGACCAGAUAUACGAUGAAAAGGCCAACACUGUGACCAUCACUGUCAUUUGUUGUAGCCCGGAGAAGAUCAGGGACAAGAUAUGCUACAAAGGUGGCGGAUCCGUCAAGAGCAUUGAGAUCAAGUCGUCGGCGAAACCCAAGGAGCCGGAGAAGCCGAAAGAGGCGGAGAAGAAGUCCGAGAAGUCGAAAGAGGCCGAGAAGAAACCUGAGAAGCCGAAAGAGGCCGAGAAGAAAGCCGAAAAGCCGAAAGAAGCUGAGAAGCCUAAAGAGUCUGGGGAGAAGAAGGCCGAGAAACCAAAAGAAGCUGAGAAGCCUAAAGAGGGUUGGGAGAAAAAGGCUGAGAAACCCAAAGAGGCGGCGCCCGCGCCGGCGGCGAAGGCUAUGGAAGCGGCUCCUUUACCGCCAGUGGCGUAUGCGAUUGGGUAUUCAUAUAUGGAUGGCUAUGGUGGUGUGGGGCCUAGCUAUUGUGGUGGACCUAGCUAUUACGGUGGACCAUCUCAACAACCGUUUCAAAAUUACGAGACUAUUGGUAGGCCGGUCUAUGAUAGCUGGGGAAGCGGCGGCGGAUACUACAACGGUUACACUUAUGGCGGUGGACGUGGCGGUGGAAGUUUUAGUGAUGAAAACCCACAAGGGUGCUCAAUCAUGUGAGGAAGAAAGCGUUGGUGAACUGCAUAUAGUUUGAUCUCGAAGAUACUAAUAAGCUCUCAUGU